AUGGCGAUGCCGAUGGAUUCCAUGCAGUUCGUGCAGAUGUAUUCGAUGGCACCGACGGCCCAGGGCCAGUUUCCAAUGGCCCAGUUUCCAAUGGGGCAGAUGUGGAUGAAUGAGAUGGGGCAAUGGUUCUGCUGUGUACCGCAGGAGUGCGCCGGAGCUGCUGCAGGCGCCUGGUCCUGCGACUGGGGCAUGCCGCAAGCGCAGGCGAAGAUGCCGCCGAAGCACAAGUAUUUGGCCAUGGCGAUGGAGCGCGGCUGUUGGGAGCUCCAAGCGAUGAUUCGCAAGGCCAGCAACGCGGAGCUGAACGAAAUGGCCUCCGAGUUCCGAGGCCACGUUCGCGAGGCGGUGGAGUCUGGGCAUGGCAACCAUGUCAUUCAGAAGUUCGUGGACUACAUGAGGCCGGGCGACAGCUACUUCAUCUUGGAGGAGCUGAUGGCCUGGGCGCCCUUGGCGCGGCUCGCGAAGCACCGCUACGCCUGCCGCGUCUUGGAGCGGAUCCUGGAGCAGUAUCCUCCAAAUGCCAUGAAGGACCUCCUGGACACCUUGGUCACGAACACGAAGGAUCUGAUGGUUGAUCCCUUCGGCAACUAUGUGCUUCGCGUCUUGCUGGAACAUGGGCCCUCGAGCCACAAAGCUGCCGUGGCAGAGGUGCUGAAGCAGAACUUGGGCCGUUUGGCUAAGAACAACAAGGGCUGCGCUCUGCUGGACGCCGUGAUGAGCUACGGCGCACCCGCAGACCAGAAGCAGGUGGCACAAGAGCUCAUUUUGCAGGGACUGGUGCCGGGCAUGCGCCGCCUGCGCAGCUCCCGUGACGCCAUGGAGCGCAUCUUUCUCAUCGCCGAGGAGCUGCCACCCACUGUCCAGUGGUCCCUGCAGCAACUGAGCCGCAAGUUCUCCUUUGCGCCGUGGUGGAGGCGCUGGGACUGA